AUGAGCGAAGAAAUUAAAGAUGAUAACGAUGUUCAAUCUGAUGAUGGUAAUCAAGAGCAUGAACAAACAGAAGAAAUCAUUCCACAAGUCUCUUUAAAUGGUGAAGAAGAGCAUGAACCAGCACAAGAAAUCAUUCCACAAGUUUCUAUAAAUGGUGAAGAAGAGAAUGAACCAACACUCGCAACACCGAAUGGUCGUGAAACACCAUCACCAACAUUAUCAAUGUCUGAUGUUUUUAUUGACAAACAAAAUGACUCAUUACCUAUUUCUACUGAAAAUAAUACUCAACAACUUCUUCAAGUAAUAUCCGAGAAAUCAAAUAAAGAAGCAAGUUCAGCUAUUCUAAAUACGCUUGUCGAUGGAGAUUUUGAUUUAGAUAAAAAUUAUAUUAUUCAAAAUCCAAAAAAUCUAUCGGAAUUAUUUUCAAUGUUUAAUGAAAUAUCACCAUCAUUACAAGCAGAAAUUCUUAGUGUUUUAAUUGGUAUAAUGCGUAAAAGUGAACGAAAUUUAUUAGUAUGUGUUGAUGCAAACAUAUAUAAUAAAGUUUUCGAGCUAUUAAAUGAUAUUGAAAAUGAUGUUGUUGCAAAUUUAUUAGUCGAUAUUUUAACUGUUUUAACAUCAUUAACAAUUAAUGUGAAUGAACUUAAAUUACUUUUACGUUAUUUAAAAACAGAAAAUAAAAUUUGGAAAAAACAUUCAGUUAAAUUAUUAAAUAUAUUCCAUCAUCUUCCAUAUCGACAUGGACCCGAUGAAUUUUUUAAUUUUCCUGGUCGAAAUAAUUCCGGUCUUGUUUUACCUCCAAUUAAAACAUGGCCAUAUCAAAAUGGUUUUACCAUAACAACAUGGUUUCGUAUUGAUCCUGUUGCAAAUAGUGUUAUUGAAAAAGAAAAACCUUAUUUAUAUUGGUUUUGUACAUCGAAAGGACAUGGUUAUACCGCCCAUUUUGUUGGUAAUUGUCUUGUUAUAUCCUAUUCAAAAUUAAAAGAAAAAAGUUUUCAACAUUGUAUACAAUAUGAAUUUAAAUCACGAGAGUGGUACAUGAUUACAUUUGCUCAUCAAUAUCAACGUUGGAGUAAAAGUAGUGUUCAAUGUCAUAUCAAUGGUCAACUUGUAUCAACUGCUUAUUUUCCUUGGAGUAUUGAAAGUGGUGAACUAUUUGAUAAAUGUUAUAUUGGUUGUACACCUGAACAUAAUGAUUUAACAAGUUUUUCUGGUCAAUUAUCAACAUUUUAUCUUUUUAGUAUAUAUUUAGAACCAAUGAUUGUUCAAGGUUUAUAUAAAUUAGGACCUGCUUAUAAAAAUCAAUUUAAAUUUGAACAUGAAAGUGCACAUAUACUUAGUGAAGGACAACGUAAAGCUAUGUAUGAUGGAAAAUUAAUGAAUUCAAUUGUAUUUAAUUAUAAUCCAAUUGCAUGUGAAGAAAAACUUGUUUUACAAGCCGGUCCAAAAUCGAAUGUAUCACAUUUUGUUCAUAAUGCUCAUGCACAAAUGUUAAGUAAUGUUCGAUCGGUUGUAACACAUUCAAUUUAUUCAACAUUACAUUCUAUUGGUGGUAUUCAAGUUAUUUUUCCUUUAUUUGAUCAAUUAGAUCAUCAACAAAUGAAUGGGACAAUUACUUAUAAUGUUUGUUCAGUACUUCUUCUAACAUUAUGUGAAUUAAUUGAACGUUCAUAUACAAUUCAACAUCAAAUGCUUAGUUCAAAAGGUUUUCUAACAAUUGGUUAUUAUCUUGAAAAGGUAUAG